AUGGACCAUCCAGAUCCACGUGGGAUUGGUAUGGAAUUAGUGCAGACGCGAGGGAGUUUAUCUGAUGCUGCAUUGGCAUUUGAAGCUGCUGUCCAACGAGACUCGAAUGACACCCUUGCCUGGAUGAAUUUGGGAAAUGUUCAGGCAGAGAAUGAAAAGGAACUGGCUGCUAUUGCUGCUUUGCAAAAGGCUGUUCAAGAAGAUCCGACAAAUGCAUCUGCUCUCAUUAGUCUUGCCGUAAGUUAUACGAAUGAAAAGCAAGAUCUGCAAGCAUAUGUCACACUUGAACGCUGGCUUGCAACAAAAUACCCCGAGAUUGCAAAAAAUUCUUCACUGGCAGCCGAUCAACAGCCCUAUGUGGUAUAUCCUACUCAAGAAUUUCAUAAUAAGCUUUUGUCCAUGUAUUUAGCAGCGGCGAAUGAAGGCCCAGCGGGUGCAGUUGGUACAGAAAAGUCAAUGGUUGAUCCCGAAGUUCAAAUUGGACUUGGACUCUUGUUUUACAGUAUGAAUGAUUAUACCAAAUCUGUGGAUUGCUUUACGGCUGCCCUAUCUGCUCGGCCAGAUGAUUACCGUCUCUGGAACAGACUGGGUGCAACCCUUGCUAAUUCUGGACGAUCCGAAGAAGCGAUUGAUGCAUAUCACAAGGCAUUAGAACUCAAGCCCACAUUUGUCCGCGCAAGGUAUAAUUUGGGUGUUGGAUGUCUUAAUAUCGGGUGCUAUCAAGAAGCUGCAGAACACCUUUUGGGUGCGUUGAGUUUGCAUGGCACGAAUCAUCAAAACCAAGCCAAUAUUUCAUUGACGCUAUGGGAUUCACUACGACGAACAUUUAUUUUGAUGAAUCGGACUGAUAUGGCUGAUAGGGUGGAUGCAUCACCAGAUGUGUCCAUGUUUAGGGACGAGUUUGAUUUCUAA